CUUUUUUUCUUUUUGUCCAGUUUUGAUGGAAGGAUCUAGAAACCCUACGAGUACCCACUAUAUAAAGAUUGUUCCUCUUUCACUAAGCAGCCUCGCUCUUUUCAAUCAAGAGAUAAACCCUAGAUUUCGUUUUUCUUACGUCUAUUUCUCGACCUUCCGAAGCGUAAAAUCUAACUAGCUCCGGGAUCGUGAUGUCGGACACCGAAACGUUUGCCUUCCAGGCUGAGAUCAAUCAGCUUCUCUCCCUUAUCAUCAAUACCUUCUACAGCAACAAGGAGAUCUUCCUUCGUGAGCUCAUCAGUAACUCUUCCGAUGCAUUGGACAAAAUCAGAUUCGAGUCAUUGACUGACAAGAGCAAGCUCGAUGGUCAGCCAGAACUCUUCAUUCACAUCAUCCCGGACAAGAGCAACAACACCUUGACCAUCAUCGACAGUGGUAUUGGGAUGACCAAGGCUGAUUUGGUCAACAACCUGGGUACAAUUGCCAGGUCUGGCACCAAGGAAUUCAUGGAGGCGUUGGCUGCUGGUGCCGAUGUCAGCAUGAUUGGACAGUUUGGUGUUGGUUUCUACUCUGCUUACUUGGUUGCCGAGAAGGUUGUUGUCGUCACUAAGCACAAUGAUGACGAGCAGUACGUGUGGGAGUCCCAGGCCGGAGGAUCCUUCACUGUGACCAGGGACACCUCUGGUGAGGUCCUUGGCAGGGGUACUAAGAUGACCCUUUACCUCAAGGAAGACCAGUUGGAGUACCUGGAAGAGCGCCGUCUUAAGGAUUUGGUCAAGAAGCACUCUGAGUUCAUCAGCUACCCGAUUUCUCUUUGGGUCAUCGUCUCUGACCGUGUUGUUGACUCACCCUGCUGUCUCGUCACCGGCGAGUAUGGUUGGACCGCUAACAUGGAGAGGAUCAUGAAGGCUCAAGCCUUGAGAGACAGCAGCAUGGCUGGGUACAUGUCUAGCAAGAAGACCAUGGAAAUCAACCCAGAGAACUCGAUCAUGGAUGAGUUGAGGAAGAGAGCUGAUGCAGACAAGAACGACAAGUCUGUUAAGGAUCUUGUCCUUCUCCUCUUCGAGACUGCUCUUCUCACCUCUGGUUUCAGCCUCGACGAGCCUAACACCUUCGGAAGCAGAAUCCACAGGAUGCUUAAGCUCGGACUGAGCAUCGAGGAGGAUGCAGAGGUCGAAGCCGAUGCUGACAUGCCACCGCUCGAGGAUGACGCUGAGGCUGAAGGAAGCAAGAUGGAGGAAGUCGACUAA